GCCAACCAGUGGGGCUUGGCCCUGGGGGUGGAGCCCACUUAAGAUUCUCUCUCUGCCUCUCCCCCUCCACUUGCACAAGAAGCUCUCUUGCUCUAUCUCCCUCCCCCUCUAAAAAAAAAAAAUCCUAUUGAACAAGGAUAUGGGGAACUUACUGGAAGGAAGACUUAUCUUGGAGCAACAAACCUUUCACCUACUGCCUGGUAGAAAGAACCAAUUAAUUAAUUAAGGACCUGCCCAGAAGUUAGUCUCCCCUGACCUUUAGCCAAGAAUUUCCCUAACACAGCAAGAUAAUACAGGGGACAGAAGGGUCUAGGGACAAGUCAGAGGCCGGGAAGGAUAUCUAUCUCUCCCCAGAUUUGGAGGACAGCCGGGUCAGUGUGGUUGGCGAGCUGGUGGAAGGGCAGGUCUGCCUGAGCAGAGCGGGGCAGGGCAGGGAGACGCUGAGGGGCCAGGGCAGUCACCUGGUUUUGGGGACCAAACACGUGGCUCAGGUGGUCGGGAGGCCAGAGUGCAAACCAGAGCCACAUCGUCUGCUGGUGUGGGCAGAGUGGGUAGGAAGGCUUUUCUUCUCUGAAUCUUUUAAGCACAACAUAAAAGUUACCGUCUUAACCAUUUUGUGUUUGGUUUGGUACAGGGAAGCAUAUUCACGCUGUUGUACAGCAGCUCUCCGGAACAUUUCCAGCUUCAAAACUGAAACUCUGUCCCCACCGAAUACCCUCCUCCGAAGGGGCCUUCUGGGCCCCAACUCUUCCUAGCCCCUGGCAGCUAGUCCUGGGCAUGGGACAGCUUCAGAUACCUAGUUUAAGGAGAGUCCCCCAGCCUUUGUUCUUCUGUGACUGGCUUAUUUCCCUUAGCAUCAUGUCCUCAGGGUUCAUCCAUGGUGUAGCACGUGACAGGAUUCCCUCCCUUUUUAAGGCUACAGAACAUUCCAUCACAUGGAUCUUGGUUCCGUUACAUCAUAUCUUCGUUAUACAUUCACCUGGUGAUGGACACUUGGGUUGCCUGCCCCUUAUGGAUCCUGUGAACAGUGCUACUAUGAACAUGAGGGUACAAAUAUCUCUUCCAGACCUUGCUUUGAAUUUUUUUGGAUAGACGCCUAGAAGAUGCGAUGGAGGGAUUGGAGGAAGGCUUUUGAACCCAGCCUAGCUACUGAAACCUCUUAACUCCCUAACAGAAGCUACACCUGCGGCAUUGGGAAGCCAGACCCAGGCCCCUGGCUCAGGUUCCCUCAGCGCCCACAUGGAGCCUGCCCAAAGAGGACUUUCGAAGACUGAACACAUGAGGCAAAGGUAGGAGUGACGGUUCUCCCACAAGACUAUGUGAGCAAAGGGUUGGGAUGGACAUGGCAAACGCUCCUCCCCCAAAAGGGGAUGUGCCCCAAAUGCCCCUCCAACCUUGGGGUGACAGCUAGGAUUCUGCUGUGCUGGACAGAUCUGCCUUCUCGAGGCCCCAUGCCCCUGGGUUUGCUUGGCCACACCCUGCCACUUCCCUCCUGGCAGCGGGACUUCACAUCACCUGCGGGGCUGGGCCAGGGUGGCCACCUGGGGCAAUGGGAGGGACAUGGAGCCUUUUACAGCCAGGGACAAAGUCCUGCCCAGACUAAAGCCCAGGUGGCUUGUACUGCAGCUUGAACCCAAGUUCUGGCCCUCCUCGGGUUCCAGCCUGCCCAGAGUCCUAGCUAAGCCGCCCUCCCGCCACCCCACAGGCAUGCAGGGGGUCUGGGUGCUGCUGCUGCUGCUGCUGCUGGGCCUGAGGCCACGGCUGGCCCUUGGCGCCUUCCCAGUGGAGGAGGAGGACCCAGCCUUCUGGAACCGCCAGGCGGCGCAGGCCUUGGACACUGCGAAGAAGCUGCAGCCCAUCCAGACAGCUGCUAAGAACCUCAUUCUCUUCUUGGGGGAUGGGAUGGGAGUGCCCACAGUGACAGCCACUCGGAUCCUAAAGGGGCAAAUAAAUGGCAAACUGGGACCUGAGACACCCCUGGCCAUGGACCACUUUCCGUACCUGGCUCUAUCGAAGACGUACAACGUGGACAGACAGGUGCCAGACAGUGCAGGCACAGCCACAGCCUACCUGUGCGGGGUCAAGGCCAACUACCAGACCAUUGGUGUGAGUGCAGCCGCCCGCUUGAACCAGUGCAAGACAACGAGGGGCAAUGAAGUCACUUCCGUGAUGAAGCGGGCCAAGAAAGCAGGGAAGUCAGUCGGGGUGGUGACCACCACGAGAGUGCAGCACGCCUCCCCAGCUGGCACAUACGCCCAUGUAGUGAACCGCAACUGGUACUCAGACAGCGACAUGCCCACCAAGGCGCUGGAGGAGGGAUGCCAGGACAUCGCCCAGCAGCUCAUCUCCAACGUGGACAUUGAUGUGAUCCUGGGUGGAGGCCGAAAGUACAUGUUCCCCAAGGGGACUCCAGACCCUGAGUAUCCAAGUGACACCAGACAGAAUGGAGUCAGGUUGGAUGGGCGGAACUUGGUGCAGGAGUGGCUGGCCAAGUACCAGGGUGCCCGGUAUGUGUGGAAUCGCUCGGCACUCAUGGAGGCAUCCCAGGACCCCUCUGUAACACACCUCAUGGGCCUCUUCGAGCCGGGAGACACAAAGUAUGAGAUCUACCGAAACACAACCCAGGACCCGUCCCUGAUGGAGAUGACAGAGGUGGCAGUGCGCCUGCUAAGCAGGAACCCCCGUGGCUUCUACCUCUUCGUGGAGGGAGGCCGCAUCGACCACGGUCAUCAUGACGGCACGGCUUAUCUGGCACUGACCGAGGCGGUCAUGUUUGAUUCCGCCAUCGACAAGGCCAGCCAGAUCACAAGCGAGCAGGACACCCUGACCCUUGUCACCGCUGACCACUCUCACGUCUUCUCUUUUGGUGGCUACACACUGCGGGGGAGCUCCAUUUUCGGGCUGGCCCCCAGCAUAGCCCUAGACAACAAGACCUACACCUCCAUCCUUUACGGCAACGGCCCCGGCGGCCUAUACGCGCUCACGGGGACCUCCCGGCCCGACGUCAAGGACAGCCAGAGCAGGGACCCCACUUACAAGCAGCAGGCCGUGGCGCCCCUUGCCUCCGAGACUCACGGCGGCGAAGACGUGGCGGUGUUCGCGCGCGGCCCGCAGGCGCACCUGGUGCACGGCGUUCAGGAGCAGAGCUUCGUGGCGCACGUCAUGGCCUUCGCCGCCUGCCUCGAGCCCUACACCGACUGCGGCCUGCCGCCCUCGGCCUCCCCCAACGACGCCGCGCCCCCCGGCCCGGCCGGUGCGCCUCUGUCGCUGCCGCUGCUGGCGGGGGCGCUGUUGCUGGGGCUGCUGGCAGGUUGCCCUGCCCGAGGACCAGGCGGGCACCAUGCCAGAGGUGUCCCCCUCAGGGCCACGACUCGACCGGACCCCGCAGCACACACGUUUCUAGGCCUCGGUCUUCACAGCACCUUGGGGACGAGGACUCGGGCAUGUCCGGGUGCCCGGAAAACUGUGGCUUCCUCUCACCCCGCAAAGGACCCUGCAAGGUGGCCGAGGAGACUGCUGGGGCCGGGUUGCAGUACCAUCCACCAUGGCCACUCCUGGGGCCCAGUACUAUUACACAGAGAGGAGACGCUGACACAGAAUGGAGAGACUUGUCCCAAGUCACUUAGCUGCUGAUGUUCAUGCCCCAGUGCCCAUUCCAGGCUGGGAGACCCAAGGAGCAGGCAGAGCAGGCAGUCCUGGAGCAACCCUUGUACCCUCUAGGAGACCAUCUAGGUGCUGGGCACAGGUCUGUGAGGAGAGGAGAUUCCCUCUCCUCCCCAUGCCUCUAUUCUACUGAGAGAGACAAAGCAAUAAUCAAAUAAACCAUUGUGCAGUGUAAUGCCAGUAGUGAUACAUUCUAGAAAGAAAAAUCAUUAGCAUGUGGGAGCACAGAAGGAUGUCUGUGACUGAGAGGAUGGGGUGGAUAAUUCAGAUCAGGAGGUCAGGGAGGGGCUGCCUGAGGUGCAGGCAGUGAAGUGAAGACAAGGAAGUGAGGGCUUGAGUCAUGCAGGAGGAACAGCCGUGCAAAGGCCCUGAGCAGCAAUGGGCAAGUGCUAGUCCAGGCCUAUAGCUGGAUCAGAGAGUUAGGAGAGGGGAGGGGAGGGGGUAAAACCUGAGACAUAAGAAAGGAUAGGAACAGGUGGGUGAGGAUUUUGAACUUUAUCCAAAGUGUGGUAUGUGACUGGAGGUCUUUGAGCAGGGGCAUAACAUGACCUGACUCUUGGAAAAUUAUUUUAGGGAUAAGAGUUUUGUUUCGUUUUGUUUUGUUUUGUUUUUGUUUGCGGGAAGGAGGUAGGGGUGGGAGCUGGAAAACCAGAGGAGAGGUGCAGACUCCAAACACUUCUGACCUCCAUCCAAAAAUAUUCGGGAGCACCCACUCCAAUAUAGAUGUACUUCUAGAGUAUCUAACCCACCCUAGUGGAACAUUGAAAAGAAUUUAUGAAAGUGAAAUCACCUAUAUUUUUAAAUAAAUUUUACAAAAUUACAAAUUUAUUUGUACAUUUGCAAAGGUGCAAAAAAACAUUUUGCUCUCGCUAGAAAUAUCAAUGUGAUUGAGUAUGCUUUCUUAUUUACUAAGAUCUUUUUAAAAAUUGAAGAAUAAUUGACAUACAAUAUUGUAUUAGUUUCGGGCAUCCAACGUGGUGAUUCGAUAUAUACGUACAGUAAGAAAUGGCCACACAGUAAGUCUAGUUACCAUCUGUCACCAUACUGAGUUGUUUACAAUUCUUAUUUACUAAAUCUUGAUUUUUGCACUGUAAAACAUUGAUUUGAAAGCAUGGCCCUCAGGGCAGUUUAUUUCAAUUCUGGACCUUGGUAGCUGUCACAAAAAUAUCGGAGCUGGAUGGAAAAAUGGCAUCAUUAGCUAGGCUCCCUGAGCCAUCAUAUUCAUUUUUAAACUCCAUCCACCAGUUAUACAAGGACUUGAUAAAACCCAGCUGCUGUAUUUCUGUCUUCUCUGUUGUCAAUUACUUGGUCUUACAAACCAAUGUGAGGGUGCUACAUGUGUGUGUUUCACAAGUGGGUUCAAAGCCCAAGGAAACUGUACAUUUUAAAACUCUACAAGUUGGGGCACCUGAGUUUAAGUAUCUGCCUUCAGCUCAGGU